CUUGUAGUUUUAUUUCAAAUAUUUUACUUAUUAGUUCUACAUCACUUCUUCUUUUAAGUUGCUUCUCAUUCCAUUACUUGUAUAUAAAUUGGCGUUAUGUAAUAGCAUUUCAUUAAAAACUCCUUUGUAGCAAUAAUCCCAUAUCUAUAAACACGAAAUGAGUCUGACACUAGAGCAUUUUAGCCACCCAAAACACCCGCUAGUGCUAAAAGAGUGUGAUGUUAUUGCAGAUGAUGCUAGAUGCUAUGUUUGUAACACCUCUGUUAUAGCCUCUCCAACAUAUACUUGUAGUCUUAGUAGUGUUGAGUGUCAAGGUUUCUACCUCCACAAGACUUGUGCAGAAUUACCCACUACAAUUCGUUUCCAUAAGCACAACCAACACCCCCUUGUUCUGCUCAAACAUCCUGAUGAUAGUUCUUGUGAUGCUUGUGGUGAGGAUGUCAAGUUCUCUUACACAUGCCAGGAUUGUCAAUUUGAUGUGUGUCUGAUUUGUGCUUUUCAACAGAGAGUGCUUCAACAUGAAGGUCACCCUGAGCACAUACUAACACUAAUGCCAAGGAAAUCCUUGUUUAAGUGCGAUGCUUGUAGUGAAAAAGCAGAAGACUCUUCAUUUGUAUGCAUCACCUGUGACUUGUGCAUCCACAAGGAAUGUGCUCUUUCUCCAUUCACUAUCCCAGCUCCUGCUUUUCACCAUCAUCCUCUCCAUCUUAUCUACUCUGUUCCUACCAUCCAUCGUUAUUUCAACCGCAACUGCAACAUCUGUCAGCGACGAGUUCAUACAAACUUCUGGCUGUAUUAUUGUCAUAAAUGCACAUAUUUUGUGCAUAUGAGGUGUGCGACAUCCUCACCUACAUCGUCUUCUCUAAAUGAGAUUAAAGAAGAGGGCAGUCACAAUGAUGAAGCUGAUUUGAUAGAGCUUCCACUGCAUAGUGAGGAAUCGCUAUUUGAUCUGAUAAUAUCCCAAUGUCGCAAGCUCCAAUUUCAAUUUCAAGGUAAAAAUAAAAAUAGUACUGCUAUAUCACCAGCUCCUGAUCCUCCCAUAAUUAAUAAACACUGGAGUCAUAAGGAGCAUCCAUUAGUGCGGUUCCAGUAUAGUACUAGCGAGAAUGAUAACACUGAAAAAAAUUAUGAUAGAAGAGAGUUGGUAUGCGAUGGUUGCAUUCAACCCAUAACUGUUUUCCAUCAGUCGUACUAUGCUUGCAAUCAAUGUGGUUUCUUUCUCCACUCCUUUUGUGCCACUCAGUUUCCAGGAGUAUUGGUAGCAGGAGCAUGUCCUCCUCAUCCCCAGCAUUCGCUUAAGCUUUACGGGAGAUCCAUCUUCUAUACUUCUACAUUGUGUGAGAUUUGCCGUUACAACACAAAUGGAUUCUACUAUCAUUGUAAGACCUGCAAUAUUAAAAUUGAUAUACGUUGUGCAUUCUUACCCACCAAGAUAAAGCAUAUAUCACACAACCACCAUUCCCUUGUUCUACGUCCAUCCUCCAAAUCGGUGUGUAGUGUAAGUGGUAAGGGGAUUAAAGGUGGUGUGGAAUAUGGAUGUGAAAUUUGCAGCAAGUUCCAGAUACGUAUAGUAUGUGCAUUCUAUCCGAGUAAGAUGAAACACAAAUAUGAUGAUCACCCCGUAACCUUGAGACAACCUCCAUUCUUCUAUGAGGGAGUAUUUUACUGUGAAAUAUGUGAGGGACAAGUUAACAAUCAGUGGUGGCUCUAUCAUUGUGGUGAAUGUGAUCAUUCUUUGCACAAUCAUUGCCUCCGUUGGAUAGAAAGUCUCAAGUUUGGAAGGACGGUUGAACUUGAUAUCAACGAUCAAUCACACACACUUACCUUGGUGUUGAAGAACCAUACAAUAGAUACUCAGCCUAUGAGCAAGUGUAGAUAUUGUGGGAAAUACUACGUCUCUAAUCUCUUCUUAGAAUGUGAUGGGUGUGGAUAUCUUAUCUGCUGUCCCUGUGUUAUUAAAAUCAAGGCGAGUAACAAGUCUAUACACUUUUGAUGCACUAGUUUCUUUGCCUCUCCUCUAUGGAAGACCAAAAGACUUCAAGAAUUUUAUCUACCAGCAAGAAGGGCCAGAAUUAGUCUUUGUAUUUGAAAAAAUUAUUGUAAAAUCGUCUUCAUAUUUGUGUUGUGUGUUUUUAUUUCUUUCUUACAAAUAUACUUAUUUCGACCCAAAGUCGCUCACAAGCAUGAUUCAGGAUACAACAUGUACCCAGAUGACACCACCUCACAGAGAAGGAUCCCCAUUAUGUAUAUGCAUAAGUUGAAAUGUUUUAAGGAUAUCACUUUAUUUAUUUUUUUCAGAAGCUGAAAAGGAAACCUAAAUGGGAGAAAUGUUUUUUUUGUUAGUUAUAUUAUAAUUGUAAACAAAAUAUGUUCACAUUGUU